CGUAACGUAUUAUUUUAUAAAAUAAUCGGUUUAAAAGGAAUUCAUAGAACUGUACAUGUGAAUAAAGAAACUCGAAAGAACAGUGAACACGCUCUAAAAAAAACAAACACGCAUGGUGAUGCUUCUAAGUUCUACAUAGCCACGCGUUGCCAUGGGAAUCAUUCUCAUUUUCUUAACUAUAUUGUUUUUUUCUUAAAAGGUGUUAAAGAUUGGAUAAUAAUGACAGCUGUACAGAGUGGUAUUAAUGAUUCUGUCAUGACAGAAAGGAAGAGACACAAACAGUCAAAAAGGGAGAGGGCAAGAAUAACUUACAGAUACAAGGAUCAGUCCAUCUGUAGAGAUACAUUCAAAUUUAUGUAUGCCAUCAGUCAAGAUAAACUAUCAAAAUGUAAAGAAACACUAUCAGGAAGAUGGGUUCUCCGAAAUCACAAAAUACUUAACAGGCGCCAAGAACUGCAGGAAGGCCCUGGAUUUCAAGGGAGUGUUGCAUUUUGCUGCCUUCAUAAAACGGUAUGCCAGUGAACAUGGUCUUGUGCUACCAGGCCGUAUUCCGGGCCUAAGAAAAACAGACGCAGACACUGUUCUGUUGUCUAGCAGUGAGACGAAAAUCCACGUUUGUACAAAGUUCAACGCUGCCAGAAAGGCUUUUAAACCUGAUGCCCCAGAAGUUAGCUACAAAACCUUCUGCCGCUACUGGAAAGAACUGUUCCCAAACAUUGUAAUAGCAAAGCCAAGAUCGGACUUAUGCAGGACUUGUCAAGUCAACACAACCAGCAUUAUGCGAAGUAGUGGUGUUGCUCUAAUACAGAAAGCUGAAUUGAUAAGAACAGCUCAAUACCACCUCGAACUGGCGAUGGAGCAGAGGAGAGUUUAUAAUGAAAUGAUAGUAGAGUCGAAGGAGCAACUGAAAGGAACAUCACUUGGAUGCCAUGCACCAAUGUCUUUUAAUGGAAUGGCGCAUUAUGGUUUCGACUUUGCCCAGCAGAUUAUGUUCCCGUCGGACCCCAUGCAGGCCGGUCCAAUAUACUUUCUGACGCCUCGGAAAUGCCAGAUAUUUGGCAUGUGUUGCACUGGAUUGACCAAGCAGGUCAAUUAUCUUGUAGACGAGGCUCAGAUUAUAAAGAAAGGGUCUGAGUUUGUUGUUAACCUGAUUCACCACUUUCUGGAGAGAUGGGGCAUCGGGGAAACUAUAGCCAAUUUUCAUUGUGACAACUGUUGUGCACAGAACAAAAACCAGCACUGAUGGCCUAUUUGAUGUGGCGUGUUAUGACUGGCCG